AUGCAAGUUCACACAAAAUUAGAUAUUCUUGAUUGUCGUCGUAAGUUAAUACGUGCUUAUAAAACAUUGAAACUUACUGGAAUGACAACAAGGAAAGACAUCGAAGCUUUUAUCUUAAAAACAUAUGAAUGUGUAAAGCUUCCAUUUGAUAUUGAAAUUCGUGAUCAAUAUGAUGGCUUUGUCACUUUGGAUGAUAAUUAUAUAGACGACUACAAUCCUUUCAAUCCAAACGCAACCGUAACAACAGGAGUUCAACCAACCAAUUCCGCAACACCAACAUUGAUAUUGCAAGUUAUCUUGUUUAAUUAUACCUAUAAUUCAACUAUCGAACAAGAAUCCGUGAAUACUGUAGAAGGUAUCCAGCAAAAUGAACAUACUCAACAAAUUGAUCAGGUUGUGUCGACUUCAAAAUCACAAACACAUUGUACUAUUUCUUUUCCAAACAAUUCAAAAAUGGCUUUUAUUGAUGAUUUCAAUGUCAAUAGUGAACAAAGAGAUCAAUACAUUUCUGAUGCAAUAAAUGUGGAUACCGGAGAUAUUGUUGGUAAACUUAGUAUGAUUCAAGCUCCAAAAACUUCGAAACAAAAAUAUGGAAGUAGAUUGCCUCGAUUUAAAAAUUCACCUCAAACCAACAGCUUACCUGGAAACACAAACAGUGUAUAUAAUAUUGAUCUUAAUGAUGCAAGUGUUCUUCAACAAAUGAAUACGAAUGGUGACAUACUAAAUAAUGAUCCAUCACUAUAUGAUGCUGCUGACUGUAAUACGAAUUGUCCGUUCUGCGGUACUCCUGGUUAUGAUAUUAUCUGUUGUUACUGUGGUGAAUUCUCAUGA